UCUCUGUUUCAUCUCAUUGCAACUCUCAGCAGUCCUUGUUAUUGUUAGGGGGUAUGGCGACUGGUAGCAUGAAAUCAAAGCAGGAGAAGCGUAGAAGCAGCUUAUCAGAUGAUGAACUUAUAAUCUUCGUCUUGGGGGGUCCUGGUAGUGGAAAGGGGACACAGUGCAAGAUGAUUGCCCAAAGGGAUGAUCAGUUCUGCCAUCUUAGCGUUGGAGAUCUUCUUAGGCUAGAACAGGAAUCAGGUUCCAAGCAUGGUACCAUGAUUAAGAACUAUAUCAAGGAGGCAAAGCUCGUCCCUUCAGAGAUUGUGGUUGACCUCAUACUACAGGCCAUGAAGAGAAGUGGCAAGAAAAAGUUUCUAAUUGAUGGGUUCCCUCGCAACGAAGAAAAUCGUGUUGAGUUUUAUUCUGCUUGUCAACUAAAGCCAAAAUUUGUGCUUUAUCUAUCUUGUUCCAAAGAGGUCAUGGUGCAACGUCUUCUUUGUAGACAACAGGGUAGAGAAGAUGAUAAUAUCGAAACAAUAAGGAAGCGGUUGAAGGUUUUCGAGAACUCAAGCCUCCCUGUAAUUGAAUAUUAUCGCAGUGUGGGAAUACUUCAAGAGAUCAAUAGUGAGAUGCCUGUGGAGGAGGUUUUUAAGGAGAUCGCACAAGUUUUUUGAACUCUUGGAAAGCAGAGCUGGAGAAAAUUUUGUUUCUCCGGGGAAAAGCUAUGGAACUGGAGUUGGAUCAACCUGAUUAUGGAGAGUGAUGCUCAAACAUCAAAAUGCAAUAAGGCUACUUUUAAUGAGACCUGCAGUACAAUGAUUUAGAUUAAUCAUUUCUUAUUUUCUCUCUAGAUUCUCAAACUGUUUGUUUAACUUUUCACCAUGUUGUGCAAUGUUUUAUGAUUAUCAGUUUUUAAUUUCCCUCAUUUUUAAGUA